AUGAAAGGAAACAUGGAAUUAAAACUUCACCUUUCUCACGAUGAUGUACGUUUUCUUCGAAACAAGAUAAUUGAAGCUGCUGAUUUGAAAAUUAAAGUUCAUUUACCAUUUCAAACUGAAUUCGAAAAAGGAGAAUUUCAGAAAUUAGAUGAUCCCAUGAGAAGUCAAGUUCAAGAACUCGUUCAUCAAUUUAUUUAUGAAUCACUUGAAAUUUCUCGGUAUGGCUUAGUUGUCGAUGGAAGAGAUAUUAGUGGAAAAUCAAGUACUCUUGCCGAAACCUUGAAACAGAUGGAAAAUAAUGAUGUUGAGCCUUUUAAUCAAGAACUAAAUGAUGAUCUUAGGGAAGCUUAUGCUCUUGUUGAUGAGCUUACUUUAGACAUUUCUAAUCUUAGGCAAAAAUUUCCAAACGAGAUUUUGAAAAUAUUCACCAACUCUACUAUAAGUUUAGGACAAUUUAACGAUAAAAAUGACUUAAAAAAUCUAUUGAAUUUUACAAGAGAUGAAAAAAUCAUUCAACAAAACAUUAAACAUUUGCAAGAAGAAUACUACAAAGUUUUGGGAGAAAUCGAAAAUUUGAAAAAAUCUGAAAUACCUAAAGCAAGUCUUCAUACAGAAAGAUUAGAGAAAAUUCUGGAUUUUUUUAAGCAGUAA